AUGACCGAAGCAUUGCCGCUUGUCGAUAAUAUAGAAAUCUUCCGGCAACUGGAAACAUAUCCAUGGGACAAAGAUAAAGAAUUCCAGGGUGGACUCUCAGCAAUCCUAGGCCCAAACCCCUCACCCUCUCAACUCGAAGACCUCACCCUUCGCGCCCAAUGCUUCUACCUCUCCCGCAAGAGAUCCACCCCCAUCGACUUCGACGCCUACAAAACAUACUUAUCAACCAAACAACCGCCCACCCCAAUCUCGAACUCUAAAGAACCUCCAACCCAAACCGCCCGACAAACCACUAGCGAAAACAUUCCUCCAUCUACUACAGAAGACGACAUGUCCAUCACCAAGACACCCCCGGCCCAACCCAACGGCGACGCCCCCUACCCGCCAACCUUCAAGCAAAUCGUCGAGCUCAUCCAGAGCGGCGCGCCUAUCCCCGGCAUCAUGGACAUCCCUGACACGGUGCUCACGGGCCAAGGCAGUACACCGCAGGCACCCAAGAGGCGCAAGCCGUGGGAGAAGGAAGACAGCGAGGAGGUUGUGGGUGGCACGUUUGGGGAUGCGAGGGACGAGGCGCCUAUUGAACAGGAGUUUCCGGAUAAUGAUGAUGCUCCUAGUUUAGAGACAUGA